AUUACGGGAGGAACAGCGGACAACAAACACAGGGCUGUCGGCACUCACAUACACGGGUGGUCACACCGACGUCCGCAUCAGUUAUUGCCCACGCCCCAGCCCUCGGAGGCGAUCCCUAUAAAAGGUGGAACCCAAAGAGCUCGAGGGGAGUUCGACACGAAGCUGACCAGUGAAGAUCCAAGACUCGGAGAUUAGGCCCUGGGACUCCCCGGUCUCGCCGUCCUUAUAAGGGCCGAGCCGGGUAAGCCAGUGGCGCGGCCCAGGAGCUUCCAGACCGCUGCCCUUGUCAGGGCAAGGCUGGUUAGCUGGUGCCGAGAUCUGUGCUUGCCAGGGCCAGAUCAGUCAGCCUCCCGUAGCCCAGUAGAGGAGGACUGGGGGACAGGACAGAGGGCUUAGUACUAGGGUGGGUUUCCCAUAGUACGGGUGAAGGGGCCGAUACCCCUUCAACUAUUGUAUCUGUCCCGGAGUUAAUAAACAGUGUGUCUCAACUUCGACAUCGUCUCCUCUGCUACUUACUACAUCUGGUGUUAGAAGUGGUCCAAGCAUGGAUACGAGACGGAAGACUCGUGCCCAAGACCCAGGAGAGGAUGACGACGAGGGAGGGGCAGUGCAAGACAUCGCCGCCGACGUACCUGCACAACUGCUGCCGGCUCCGGCAUCGGCGGGGCCGUCGGAGAGGGCCGGGACGUCGACUGACGAGUUGGCGUUGGCUCACUCGCGGCUGGCGGAGCUCUUGUAUGCAGCGGCCGCUAUGCUGGAACAAAUAACUCGCCUGGGGCCGGGAGGAGCGACGCGGCGGGAAGAUGGACAACGCCCGCCAGAAACUCCCGCCUUUACAACAGCGGGGCGACUCGAAAAUCCCGCCACGAAGACAGUAGAGGCGGAGGGAGGAGUCCCAGCUCGUCACGCGGGAGACGGUGCCCAGCCAGCAGCCGCCACGUCAUCGGCGGAGGCGGGUCGCGGUGGCAGCCUAUCAGGGGUUGAAACGUCACCACCAGCUGACGCCAGCACCGACCAUACAGUACGGGGACGCGCUACGGAUGCUGCAAGAGACGCUGCAAGAGGAUCGGAGACGGAGCCGACAUUCCAGCAACGCCUGCCGGCCCUGCAGGUAUUUGUUGCAAGCGACGGCGAUUGGGGGGGGUUCCAGCGCCGGUUCUUGGCCCACCAAGAGAUGGCAGGCUGGUCGGACAACGAGGCGCUGUGUGCUCUCCCGGCGUUAUUGGACGGCGACGCCCUGGGCACCCUCACUGCUGCACCCAAGUCGGCACGCUCCACCAUUCAGUCGGCGCUGCAGCUGCUGGCCACCGUUUAUGGGCCGCCUUCUGAUUGUCGCCAGCUCUUCUAUGAGCGGCAGAAGGGUGACAAGGAAUCGCCACUCGCUUAUCGCACGGCCCUGCUGUCAUUGGCGAAAGACGCUUUCCCGCGCAUGGAUGAAGAGGGGAUCGAUGCGAUGGUGGCCGAGAAAAUUUUGCUGCUGGCUGACGAUCUGGACUUCACCAUCCUAGCGCAGGACGAUGCGGAUAUGUCAUCACUGCGGGCUGCAAGGCACAUUCACGCCAAUCUCAUCUCCCAGCGGAGGAAGGCGAACAAAGCUGCUGCACGACACACCGUGGCGGCGACCUCUUCCGAAAUGGAGGGAGCCUUCGCUGCGGAUCGUUCUGCAGGAUGGCGAUCUGCCGAGCGUCCAGCUCGGGACGUCCCAAGCCACCGAGACCAGCCCAAGUCCUCUGGAACGCUCGUCGUCUGCUAUAAUUGUGGCCUCCGGGGUCACGUGGCGUCCGGAUGCCGGGCUCCUCGACAGCGCGGUGCGAGACCUGGAGCUGCGGACGGCCCUCUUCACAAGCCUUCGCAACAUCCUCGGGAGCCCCAGGACUGAAGCCCUCUGGGCUGCCAGCCUCCCCCGUGGGGGGCGGCGCUGGCACGUCCGGGAAAUCGGACGACCAGGCACCUGCUGAUGCGACACCUGCCACCGACUCUACCAAGCCGGCCCCUUGUGACGGGCCCGCUGCACGGACUCGCGCCAAAACGCGCCGGUUGUUAUGAUUAGCUUACCGCGCGUGUUCCGUUGCUGCGGAA